UGACGUAAACUUUGUCAGUCUUGAAUGUUCAAUGAGAGAGUGUUUUACAAUGAAAGGGUGAUCAAAAUUAUUCAGGUCUAAUGACCACUUACCGGUUUAGAAAUAUUGGAUUUUACAAAUUUUGUCGGGAUUAAUAUAAUCAGGAAAUAAUCAGUUUUCUUUCAUAGGAAUUUUAUCAGCAUUUAAAAUGAUCGAUAUCGACCAAAAGUCAAAGUAUUGUUCACAAUCACCACCACGACCAGAAAGUUUGAUGUUCGAAAGUAUAAUGACAAACUUGGAUAUGGAAUUGGCAGACUCGGAAAACAACAAUGGCCCAUGCUCUAUGAAUAUCAGAACAAGAAAUAAAAAGAAAAAGCGAAGGGCUGCUGACAACUCUGUUAAAAAAUUUGAAGAUCUAUAUACAGCAACUGGAGAAAUUCUUGGCAAUGGAGCAUGUGCUGCUGUUAAAACUUACAAAAAAAACACAACGAACAAAGAAUAUGCUGUGAAGGUUAUCGAAAAAGAUUUUACCAGAUCAAGAAAUAAAGUUUUUAAAGAAAUAGAGAUUUUCAGUAUUUGUCAAGGCCAGGAUAAUAUUUUACAACUAUUUGAAUACUUUGAAGAGGAAGAUAGAUUUUAUUUGGUAUUUGAAAAGAUGAAAGGCGGAACAUUACUUGCCAAUAUUGAAAGAAGGGGCCACCUAUGUGAGAGAGAAGCUGCACUUGUAGUCAAACAGAUAGCCAUAGCUUUGAACUUUCUUCACCAAAAAGGUAUUGCACACAGAGAUCUCAAACCAGAUAACAUAUUAUGUGAGAGAACUGAUGAAGUAGUCCCAAUACGUAUCUGUGACUUUGAUUUGGCAAGUGGCGUACCAGGAAGCCAAACAGAAGAUAAUUGUACAACACCAGAACUUCUUACACCUGUGGGGUCUGUGGAGUACAUGGCACCAGAAGUUGUUGAUGCAUGGGUUGGAGAGUCAUUCUCGUAUGAUAAGAAAUGUGAUUUGUGGAGCUUAGGAAUUAUAUUGUAUAUUAUGUUAUGUGGUUAUCCUCCAUUCUAUGGACAAUGCGGUGGGGAUUGUGGCUGGGAGAGAGGUGAAGCUUGUCAGUCAUGUCAAGAGACCUUGUUCACUAGAAUUCAGGAUGGCAUGUUUGAAUUCCCUGACAAUGAAUGGAGAGAUGUAUCCAACGAUGUCAAAGAUCUCAUUCAGAAAUUACUAGUCCGUGAACCCAGGAAGAGGCUGACAGCUUUGGAGGUUUUACAACAUCCAUGGAUUACAUGCCCUGCAGCACCUACCCCUUUGGCCACACCUGGUAUUCUGACAAGAAACAACAGUACAAAAGAUCUGGAAUGUUUUGCUGGAGAAGCAGUCUCAAUCAACAGAAUGAUGCAGCAACAUCUUUUGAUUUCGGAGCCUCCCUCUUUCUUUAUUGGUGGGAGGGACGAUUUUGACUGUGAUGCAUAUGAAAGUGGCGAUGAUGAUGACAAGUUUAACAUACCAAGUUUCAAACUGUCUCCACCAAGUUCAGGACUGGCUAAAAGACGUACAAUGGCCAGGAAACCAAACAAUUUAAGUGAAAUAACCGAGGACAGUAGCGACAGUGGUUGUUCAUUGCCAAGCUCCCAUUCAUCUAGUUGUGGCAUAAGUAUUUGAGACGAAGACCAAACUCAUUUGAUAUCAGUUAUUAUUCUGGUUGUGUUAUUUUUGAGUGCUUAAAAUUGGACAGAUUUUAUACAUGUAUUGAAUGUGUGUGCUAUUUUGUAUUUUGUCCAUUGUACGAGUGUGUUGUGUAUGAAAGGGUUUAGAAUGGACAUAGGAUUUGGUACAUUCUUAUAUCAUGUAUAUACCACCUACAAAAUGUACAAAAAAAAAUAGAAACAACGCGAUCUUGUAGUGGAAAUCCAUUUUUAUAAAGAAAGAAAUUUUAUUGUAUUUUUCCACACUGAAAAAUAGUUUUGUUAAUUUUUAAAAAAAGGGAAAUAAAUCCUAUCAAUACUUAUUUCUAUGUAUGCUUGUGUAUAGAAGAUGAAGUAUAUUUUGUUGGAAGGUUUAGUUUCAGGGAUACUCAUAACAUUAUGUUAACAUUGUCUUUCAAAAUAUGUGUAUGGUUGUGGACUUGAAAGUGCUAGAAUUAAAAAGAAGUGGGUCCAAAUAGAAUGACUGUACACAUUGGCAGUUCUAAAACAUGAGAGAUUAUACAUGUGUGUAUUAGUGAUAAAAAAAAUAAAAGAAUGGUGAUUGAUGUGAGAGUGGACAUAAAAAUGUGCCUGUCUUUUAUGUGAAAAUGUCUUUUAUGUUUUGUACUUUUUCAUGUUUUUCAUUUUUUUAUACUUUUACAAUGUUGAAUUUUAGUGUAGAAAGCUGGUACAAAACCAUAAAAUGCCAUUACAGAGCAAAUUGUGAAAAUGUUAUCAACUUGUUGAAUUAACUGCCAAAUUUGUUUGUGUUGCAAGUUUUAUUAACAGCUCAGUUGUUUUGAUGUUAUUUUCCUGUUCUGUUAAUUUUGUUUUUAUA